UAUUUAAUUGCGUUAAAAUUACUUCCAAUAUAUUGAUUAUACAAUAGGUACAUUUAUGCUAUUUUGUUUAUAUUUCCCAUCUGCAACAAAUUUUCUAGAAAAUAUUAAAAAUAUUAAGAAAUAAGAAAAAUUUAAAAUAGAAAAAAUUUAUAUUGAAAUAAUUUUCAUCACUUAAUUUUAACUAUUUUUAAAUUUAGCGCCAUUGUCAACAGUUUUGCGUUAUAUAGUUGGUAUUUGUACUUGUUAAUUCACAAGAUUCCUAACCUAAAAAUUCAUUUAUUUAAUUUCGUGAAUUUUUGUAAAGCAGCUUCGAGAAUUAAAGUUAUAUGUCUAUAUUUAUGAAAAAUAAUAAUUAUUUUAUUUAGAAUUUAAUUUUUUUUAUACCUAACUAAUAAUAUAAUUGUGAUUAAAGACUCGAUAUAUUAACAUUCAAAUGAAUUAAAAUCUGCCCUUUUGUAAAUUCCCGUAUGAGAUCCCGUAUAUGGAAUUCUAUAUAAGAUCUCAUAUAGGAUCCCACAUGGGAAUAUGUAGUAUACUUAUUUAAAAAAAUAUGAGACAUAUUUUAGGUUUUAAACACAAAAUAUUUUUGCUUUAUAUAAAAUGAACUCAAAAUUUUGUCCGAUUUUACGUAAUUUCUUACCGUUUUUGAGAUAUUCACAAAUCUUAUUUUUCAAAUUUCGACCCCAUAUGGGAUCCUAUAUGGAAUCCUGUAUGGACACUGAUGAGAUUCUUCUUACGAGAUGUUCUUAUAAGAUUUCGUAUAGAAUCUUAUAUAAGAAACCAUAAGCGAUCUUACAAAGGAUCUCAUAUGGGAAUUAAUAGUAGGGUGCCUAAUAAAAUUUUUAUCUACAAAAUAAAAAUAAUAUUACAGAUUACACUCAAUACUAUUUUAUAGAAUUUUAACAAUAUAACUCUUAUGUCCUGUUCCACUAACCUAAAGGGCCAUCAAAUUUCUAAUCGCGUUUCAUUAACUUUUAACCGGCCGUUAUCUCAAGUUAACUUAUGUUAACAUUGACAUAUAUAUAAUACUUCGUAUUUAUAAAAAAAUGUAAUAUUUGGACAAUUUGUUAUUAUUGGAUUCUGAUGGUGACUUAAACCUAAUUUAGCUCGAAAACAUGACAUUUUUAUUAAAAUAUGGCUCUGUACCUGAAACAAUAAUUAUCUCAAGUAUUUAAAUCUAAAAAAUUAUGUAAAUUCAUUGAGAAUUGUGGCGUCAAUACAGAAUUUUGUAAGUAAAUAUUGUGCACUUGUAGCAAAUGACAGUCAUGUUGUCUGUGAUUUUGGGUCCAAUGUAGGUAUCUGACAUCUGUUGGCGAGCGGGCGUAGUACCAUGCGUACGCGAGUUAUCAAGUGAAAACAUCUUCGAAUGUGAUUAGAAUAUUAAUAUUCUAAUGAUAGGUGAAAAGUUUCUCAAAGAAAAGAGAAACUUUUCAUUUCAUAAAAACUCAAAAUUUUUUGUCAGGGGAAAAACAGAAAAUAUCGUUGAUAAUGAUUAAAUAUGAAAAUAUAAUUGAAAACCGAGAAAGUGAUGUAGUUAAUGUAAAAAUAAAAAAUGAAACGUGGGUAAAAAUAGAAUUAGAAUUAAAUAGCCAUAGCAGAGCUGUUUAUCGUGAUUGAAUCAUUGGUGGUAUUGCUUGAUUCGUAUAAUUUUAUAUUCAAUGAAUAUUUAAAAUAUAUGAUGUAUAAAUUAAAAAAAAAAAAUACCUUUCUGUCGCAGGUUUUCAAUUUCUUGUAAUAAAUGGACCGGGCAUUAACCUAAUGAACGCAACAAUAAUAUUAUUUUUAGAAUAUUUAUAUCAAUAAUAUAUUUAUUAGUUUUCAUUAAAUGUAUAUCAAUAGUUAGAUAAAAAAUACAAAAGAACUGAAAAAAUUACGUCUAUAAUUUUUCAAUUGUCAUUAAAUUUGGAAAUAUCUUACGUAAUUUGUAACAGUCAAAAUCUAUUAAGAAAUCAUUACAUCGUAAAUUAUACAACAAUGAUGAUUGAUAAGUAAUUCUUUAAAUACGAGUAUCUCAACAUGAGAGUUAUUCAGUCUACUAAUUCGUUGCUGACACCACUUCUGAGAAGCAAAGUUACAAUAGGAAAAGGAAAAGAAGAAAGAAAGUGAAAAUCUAGUUUCGAUUGAAGAGCAGCAUACAAUGUCUACCGGAGAAGAGGAUUAUUAUUGUAGAGUCGAGAAUGCACCCGUCAGCUCAACAACACAUGUAAAUAACACUGAAGCAGUUGCUGCAACCGCUGGUUCAGAUAAUGCGAAAAAGGUAGAGAAGAAAGAGAGUGAAAUUUUAGAUUCGACUAAAGAGCAGGAAACAACCAAUACCGAAGAGGAGGUUAAUUACUGUAGAAUAGAGGAUGCACCAGUCAGCUCAAAAACACAUGUAAAUAACACUGAAGCAGUUACUGCAACCGCUGGUUCAGAUAAUGUGAAAAAGGUAGAGAAGGAAGAGAGUGAAAUUUUAGAUUCGACUAAAGAGCAGGAAACAACCAAUACCGAAGAGGAGGUUUAUUACUGUAGAAUAGAGGAUGCACCUGGGUACAUAAAAAAAGAUAAAUAACACUGAAUCAGUUACUGCUGUUACAUCACUAUAAAAAUUUAAAAAUUCUUCCUUAAUGUAACACAUUUGUAUAGGCAAAUCAAUGUAUAUUCAAUAAAUGUACAUAUAAUUGUCAGAUUUAAAGUAUUAAACAUUAUUAUAAUUAUUAAUUAUUGAUUGCGACAAAACAUCGAAGAAUAUUAAAUAUUAAAUAAAGCACCGAAAAUUUCCUUAAGAUUCAUUGAAGGUUUAAACGUUAACUUGGGAGUAUUGAAUCGCCAAGUUAAGGGGGAAACCAUAUUACGACGCUGUUUUUUAGCCGUUUUUCGGGAUUUUUUUCAAAAGGGAUAAAAUUUUUUAAAUGAAAUGCAAGAAUCACAUUAUAUUGCACAUAUAUUUAUCUGUGUCUCACAAUUUUUUUAAGCAUUUUUAUUAAAAACAUUCCAAGUUAGCAGCCAUUAAACCUGGAGCUGUGCCGUCUGAGUUUAUUAUUGCUGUGCAAUGUAGAGUCCACAAAUUUGAUCUAAAAGCAAAAAAUGAAGGUUAUUCACGAUUUAUACAAAUUUUAUUAUUAAUUGAACUAACUUUUAAGGGAAAAUAUUGAAAACUUGACACUACUUUUAA